CCUUUGGGCACCAUCUGUACACACUAUCUAAUGACGUCACGUGUUUGUGUUUGUUGUGUUUUUGCUGAAGAAUGACCUACCGAUGAAGAGAAACUGUCUACUAAUAGAGAAAAUGAAUAUUAAGCAACAUGAUGGAGCCCUGUUAUACGUUGUCAUCUGUAGACGAUCUUGUUAAGACUAUCUGCAGGAUGCCGGGGAUAUUGACAAUGGUUUUAAUACAAUUCUUGACCACGAAGCUCGCAGAAUCAUGCCUUGAAAUAGAUGCUAUAAAUUCAUGUGAAAGGGUAUAUAACAUGGAGGGCAUAGAGGAAGCUUGUAUCAGAUACAAAGGCGGGAAAUCACUGGGGCGUUGUUCAAUUGGAUUUGAUAAUAUCGACCCACGUACUGAAAUAUGUAUCGUUCCAGAAAGGAUAAAACUAAGCUGUUAUUCUAACGUGAAAUAUUACAAGGACUUUCCGCACGAAUUCUUUACAGAGAAAUCGUUCAGAUGUGAAGACACAUAUUACGAUAGAUGGUGUGAUGAAGCUUUUAAAGUUUUUGUUGUAAUAACAUCAUAUCAUACAUCGGAUAUAGUAAUACUGCACGUGAAAUACAACACAC